AUGUUCAGCCUUCCCUCGAGGCUGCUUACGGGGGCUAUGCGGAAGGCUGAGUGCGGGGCUAUGCGCAAGACUGGACGCGAAGCCAUGCGGGCCGCUAUGAACCUAUGGGAAGCUGCCCUCCAAGACCUCGAGCCAGAAGAGAGAGCCACUAUCAGCAAGCAUACCCAGGACACAAAGCCAACGGACGUGCUCCAAAUCGUCGAGAAAAGGGGACAAGAGGCUUGGAAGAAUCGAAUCUCCUUCAAGGGGAAGAGUGGAGAGGUUGUCUUUCUACACGACAUCUUCGCAAAGGUUGCGCGAUGGGUGAAGAAGUUUGUUGAGGUCGGGGAUGUCGCUGUCCAGUACGAUCCUGCCCAUGCGGCACUACCCUGGGCCGCGGUGCGUUUCAUUCUUCAAGCUUCAAUCAACGACAUCCAGCGACAAGCUGCUGUACUGGAGAUUGUAGAAGACGUUGCCCGCACAAUACCGUUAGGCGCGGUUCACGAAUGUCUUUAUCUCACCGGACCUUCUGCAGCAGCCGAAUCCCUUAAGGCCAGUUUGACAAAGCUGUACACCCUCUGCUGGUCCUCAUUGGCGAAGGCCUUGCAUCACCACGACCAGAGCAAGAUGAGACUCAUCUCGCACAUUUCCAAAUCGCAAAAUCGAAAUGAGAAGCUCCUUCGGAUGAUGGAUGACAUCAAGAUGCCUGUCUCGAGAAUCGAGGCGUACGUGGAGGAAACCCAGGAUACUUUGGACGAGAUGAAGCGGGACCGUAUUCUGGAUUCCAUCUCAACUAUACCAUACCCUCAGCAUCACGCCAAAGUCAGCAGAAACGUUCUUUCAGGCACCGGAAAGUGGCUUCUGGAUCAUCAGGUGGUGAGGAAUUGGUUCUUAUCAAGCGCAUCGGAGAUUCUGUGGCUUCAUGGUAUCCCUGGAUCUGGCAAAAGCUGUCUGGUGUCCGUCAUACUGGAGAAGCUCAUUGAGGAAUCCGCACACUGUCCGUCAUCUCGCCCAGUCUAUUUCUACUGCAACAGGAAUCCGGCUGAGAGGGAACGAGCCGAUCCGACUCAAAUCUUGCGCAGCAUCUUGAGGCAGCUUUCCAUGCCAUGGUCCACAAAGACUCUACCCAGAUCUGUCAUGGACAAAUUCGACAAGGAGCGGGGUUCCUUCUUUGACCUUGGCGACACCCUGGAUCUCAUAAUCGACAUCAUAAAAUCUCGAACCAUCACCUUUAUCGUUCUGGAUGCCCUGGAUGAGUGUGAUGCAAACCUACGAUUUGAACUCACAGAUGCACUCGAGACCAUCUUACGAGAGAGCCAGAGCCUUGUCAAGAUUUUUGUUUCCAGUCGCAACGACUUGGAUCUUGUGUGUUGGCUCAGGGACUAUCCCAAUAAAGAGAUACUGUCUUCCGACAACCAAGUCGACCUUGCGGCCUUUGUGGAUGAUGAAGUUAACAGGCGUGUCGAUGGUAGGCCAAGGAGGUUGUUGAGGGCGAGAAAAAUCUCAGAUGCUUUGCGAGACGACAUUAAAAAGACAUUGAAGGCGCAGGCCCAAGGAAUGUUCCGCUGGGCAGAAUUGCAACUUCAAUACUUAUGCAAGCUUCUCACCGAAGAGGAUAUCCGCCAGCGACUUGGAGCUCUCCCAAAAGACUUGACGGGGAUCUACCACGACAUCUAUCAGCGGAAUAUGUCGGAGCUUAGAGACACUGAUCCGCAGUACGAAACCGAUGCCAAAAAAAUCUUUCACCUGAUGCUGAGCAGUUAUCAGCCCUGGGGUCCCGUCGACAUGGCCAACAUGCUGGAACCUGCGCCAAAUGCAGCACUUCGGAAACCCGAGAAAGUCUUCGGACUGACAUUCCACCUCAUAACACACGAUAAGGAGUUGAAUAUCCUUCGUUUUGCGCACUUGUCUGUACGAGAGUUCUUCGAGACCAACCUUUCCGAGUUCGCCCCAUUGAGAAACAUGGAAGCCAACGUCGCCGCAUGUUUUGAUUACCUGGAAAAGACACGUGAAUUCGGGUAUCGGCCUCUAUUAUAUCCUUCGCAAUGGUGGUUCAGCAACGUGAUGGAGCUGCCUAUCAAGGAAAUCUCCGCGCAGUCUACCAACCAUCUAGUUGAGUUCUUGCUUGUGUUUUGGGCUUUGAAGACAUCCUCUCUCGUCUGA